AUGGCUUUCUUUGUGAAAAACAUGAUAAGUAAUCAGGUAAAGAAUCUAGGAUUUGGAGGCGGGUCUGAAGAGAAGAAAGAAGAAGGAGGCACGACGGACCCCGCAGCUGCUCAAGGCAUGACCCGAGAAGAGUACGAGGAGUACCAGAAGCAGAUGAUCGAGGAGAAGAUAGAAAGAGAUGCUGCAUUUACUCAGAAAAAGGGAGAGAGGGCGUGCCUCAGAGUUCACCUCAGGGAAAAGUACAGGCUCCCGAAGAGUGAAAUGGAUGAGACACAAAUCCAGCUAGCUGGAGAUGAUGUGGAUGUGCCAGAAGACCUCCGGAAGAUGGUGGAUGAGGAUCAGGAAGAGGAGGAGGACAAGGACUCUAUCCUUGGGCAGUUACAGAACCUCCAGAACAUGGACUUGGACACCAUCAAAGAGAAGGCACAGGCCACCUUCACGGAAAUCAAGCAGUCGGCAGAGCAGAAGUGUUCUGUGAUGUGA